UUUCCGAACUCUCCCCGUAACUUGGAACGACCUUAACGAACGGCGUCGCUUUGGUUCAAUUUGUUUUCUCCUCCAGUCCAGAGUCGCCUGCAAUCUCCUCGUGCUGCAGGAUGAUUUGCAAUGGCAUCUAAGUUGAAUUCCAGGUUCUUUACCCGGCUAAUCUUACCAGCCUUCGUCCUCCUUUUCGUCUAUUCCACUACCCUCCUCUAUACUCCCUCAGGACCCGCAAACAAAUCCCAGAUUGCAAUUUCAACCCCACACCCGGACCCAAACCCAUGCAACAUCUUCGAAGGCAAGUGGGUAACCGACCCAAGUCGCAAGCCCAUGUAUGAUGAGACCUGCCCUUUUCACAGAAACGCCUGGAACUGCCUCAGAAACCAAAGGGCUCACAUGGGUCGGAUCAAUUCUUGGAGAUGGGAGCCCCAAGACUGUGUUUUGAACCGGGUUGACCCGGAGAAGUUCUUGGGUAUGAUGAGAAAUAAGAACAUUGGGCUUGUCGGGGAUUCGUUGAACGAGAAUUUUUUGGUUUCGUUAUUGUGUAUUUGGAGAGUGGCUGACGAGGGUGCUAAGAAGUGGAAGAGGAAAGGGGCUUGGAGAGGAGCUUAUUUUCCUAAGUUCAAUGUUACUGUUGCUUAUCAUCGUGCUGUUUUGCUGGCCAAAUACCAGUGGCAGCCAAAAGAUUCUGUGCUUUCUGAUGGAGAUGGAGUAAAAGGAACAUAUCGGGUGGAUGUUGAUAUUCCAGCAGAUGAAUGGGCCAACAUUGCUGAUUUCUAUGAUGUUUUAGUAUUCAAUACUGGUCAUUGGUGGGGCUACGAUAAGUUUCCUAGAGAGACUCCACUUGUAUUUUAUAAGGCUGGGAAACCAAUACAUCCUCCCUUGGAAAUGUUGGAUGGACUUAAAGUUGUUCUUAAAUCUAUGGUUGCUCACAUAUGGGAAAAAUUCCCUGAAAAGACACUGAAGUUUUGGCGGUUGCAAUCACCAAGACAUUUUCAUGGUGGUGAAUGGAAUCAAAAUGGUAGUUGCGUGUUUGAUGAGCCUCUCGAAGAACCUCAGCUUGACUUGUGGUUCGACCCCGGCAACAAUGGUGUAAACAAAGAAGCCAGACUGCUUAAUCAUCUUAUCCAGGAGGCAUUGAAAGGCACAGAUAUCAAAAUACUUGAUCUGACUCAUAUGAGCGAGUACAGAUCAGAUGCCCAUCCAGCAAUUUGGUUGGGAAAGAAGGACGCGGUGGCUGAAUGGGGUCAGGACUGCAUGCACUGGUGCCUUCCAGGUGUUCCUGACACAUGGGUUGAUAUCUUGUCACAGCUGAUCCAUUAUCACCUGGGAAGUGGGUAAUUGCUUCUGAAGUUUCUGCAGCUGCUGCUCCAGAUGCAUAACUGUGGUGAAAUGCGAUUUGGCAGUUAGAUUUGUAACUUCAGAUUGUUGAGGAUUCUGCAGAGCACCAUCAUGCAGCAGCUAUGGAGUCUGAAGGAACAAUAUAAGAACUAUUAUUCUUCACCCCGUUUUGCUUUCAUUUAUGGGUGGGGAUAGGGAAUGUAACCAGACUUACCUUGAGCACAUUGUCAUGUGAAAUAUUUUCCAGUUCCCUUCUUUAUCCCCUUCCUGGGGAUGAGGCUGCUGGAGAUGCAAAUAGAGAUGGUGAACAAGCAAAAGCUACAUAGGUUGACAGCUGAGAUGAAACUUAGAUUGGAUUGAUCUGUAUCAUCCACAACACAUAACUAAUUUAUUGUUGUUCAUGAUUCAUUUA